AUGGCACAACGGGACCCGGACUUGCACAAUUCCAUAUCGCUGCGACCGCACCCUUUCCAUGUUCACCCCGAGCGAUCGUCGCACAGUCACACGCCAGAGCCGAGCCACGAUCAUGGUCACGAUGGAAAGCGACCGGCGACCAGCUCGGCAGUGUCAAAGAUGCCUGAGAUCGAGCAUAAUGCAGUGACUCGGCCUACAUAUCACCGCAACAGUAGCGACAGCGAGAGAGAUGAUGUCGAGCGCCAGGGUAGCCUACCAGGCUACGAUACCGAGAACGAUCCAUACAAGUUGCGCGACGGACUGAAAGAUCUGGCACAGGUGAAGGAUAAUGCCAAAGCCAAUACCAAGGCCAAGCGUGCUGCGGUAUGCAGACCUGUAGGCCAUGGCAAAGAUAAGCUCAAGACGCACAAAGUCCUCAAGUUCUACGAAAAUCAAAAUGAGAACAUUGAGAGGCUGUUGAAGCCGGUCGACGACCAUGUCCGCGAGGCAAAGGAAGAGCAGGGCGCGGAGGCAUUGCAGUUCAAGAUCGCCGUUCACGGUAGCUUUGCUGCCAACAUCAUAUUGGCGAUCCUGCAGGUCUACGGAGCUGUGUCAUCAGGCAGUUUGUCACUCUUCACCACCAUGGCAGACUCUAUCUUUGAUCCCCUGAGCAACCUCACCCUUAUCCUCUGCAAUCGCGCCGUCAACAGAGUCGACCCUCGCCGAUUCCCCUCUGGCAAAGGACGGCUCGAGACCUCUGGCAACAUCACCUUCUGUUUCCUCAUGACUGCCGUGUCACUCAUCCUGAUUGUCGAAUCGAUUCGACAGAUUGCUGAAAAGUCGGAUGACUCGAAGUUUCACAUCCCAUCAGUGGUUGCAGUCGGCAUAGCAUUUGCGACGAAGCUCGGUCUGUUCUUCUACUGCUGGGCUCUGAGGAACAAAUACAGCCAGAUCCGGAUUUUGUGGGAGGAUCACCGCAACGAUCUCUUCAUCAACGGCUUUGGUCUGAUGACUAGUAUUUUGGGAAGCAAAGUCACAUGGUGGAUCGAUCCGAUGGGUGCCAUCAUCCUCUCGGUGCUCAUCUCAUUCCUCUGGUUGCGCACCGCAUAUCAGGAGUUCCAACUGCUCAUCGGAGUCUCGGCAGACACUGCUUUCCUGCAACACGUCACCUACAUCUCGAUGACACACGACCCACGAAUCACCCAGCUCGACACCGUUCGUGCAUGGCACUCAGGCCCACGCAUCAUCGUCGAAGUCGACAUCGUCAUGGAUAAGCUACUGAGCCUGGGCGAGACUCACGAUGUCGCCGAGGACCUGCAGACCAAGCUGGAAAGUUUGCCAGAUGUGGAGAGGGCUUACGUCCAUGUCGACUAUGAGACGUCGCACUCGCCGGAGCAUUUCUUGAAGAAGGAGUUGUAA